AUGCUGUGCUCCUGCUACGGGGACGGCGAGGCGGAGGCGCCCGGCAGCGUGCUGCGGUCGGACUGGGUGCGCGCGCGGCUCGACUACGCCCUGGCCGUGGAGCGGCGGCGCUUCGUCGUCGUCUCGUCGCCGCAGGCCGAGGACGCGAGCGUGUGUUGCUACGCCGACGGCGGUCGGCGGAGUCCGCUCUGCCGCGUGCGCCUCGAGCACGUCGUCAUCACGGGCGACGACGGCCGGCGGUGCCGCGUCUGGCGCCGCGACGGCGCGCGGCCCGCGCUCUGCUUCGCGCUCCGCUUCGAGACGCUCGGGGCCAAGCUCGACUGGUGGCGGGCCGCGCGGCGCGCCGCGCGCGAGGCGGCCGUACGACGGGGCGCGCCGCCGCGGCCGCGGACCGGCCUCGAGAGCCCCGUCGCGGCGAACCUGGACCUCAAGGCCGCGCUCCGCGCGUGCCGCGAGGGCGCGCGGGGCGACGGCGAGGAGGCCAAGGACGAGCCCGAGCCCCUCCCGGCGCCGGACGACGAGCCGCCGACGCCGCGCCGGCCGAGCGAGGCGCCGCCGGAGACCGAGCGCACCGUGGUCUGGCGCGCGCACGGCAUGUGCGUCUGCGAGGACGCGCGCGGCUGUGUGCAAAUCAAAUCUUCAACCCGACUUCAAUGUGAGCGUAUUCGAAUGUUUUGA